AUGACUUCUGUUGUCGAUCUACAGAGAUCGAAUCAAGCUACACAAGAAAAUUCUCCGGUGAUUGCUGUGUUGCAACCACAGUCAACGCUAGAAUCAAAAAAUGAAAUCCCAUAUUCUACAACAACAUCAACCGACUACAAAAGAGCCGAGCGUAACUUAAAACUCAAGCUCGAUGCAGUCAUCCUCCCUUUGACCACAUUUCUCUAUUUGUCUGCUUAUCUCGACCGAGGUAAUAUGGGCAAUGCCAAGUUGCAAGGAAUUCAAACAGAUCUUAUGGGAAGUUCGGACACACAAUUUUCCAUCGCGCUUGCGUGUUUCUACAUAGCAUACAUUGUCUUCAACGUUCCCGGUAACAUUAUGGCGAAAGUGUUAAAACCCUCCACUGCGAUGGCUAUCGCUGCGCUCAUUUGGGGCAUUGCCUCCACUCUCCAAGCGGCUGCUUUCAAUUUUGCCGGUAUUGUCGUAUGCAGUCUCUUUAUCGGCAUUGGCGAAGCAGGUUUUGGUCCCACGGUACCUUUCUACUACUCCAUUUGGUACAAGCGUGAUGAGAUCGCCAUGCGCAAUGCCUUGUUUAUUGGAUGUGGUGCACUAGCCGGUGCGUUCGGUGGUUUGAUUGCGUAUGGUGUUUCACAUUCGACAAACAGUAGUAUUAAACCUACGUGGAGAAUCCUCUUUCUCAUCGAAGGUCUGCCCACGCUCGUACUUGCUCUGCUCAUUUUUCUAUUUUUGCCGACCCACCCUGAAAGCAGUAAAUAUCUCAGUUCAGAAGAGCGCGUACUGGCCACUACACGUCUCAUGAGUAGCCAAGCUAAUGGUGUACACAUCAGAAAAUUCCGAUGGUCGGGCUUCCGUCGUGCGAUUACGGAUUAUAAGGUCUACUUGUGUGGUGUCAUGUAUUUAGGUGUUAAUUUGACGCUAGCUUCCAUCUCUGGGUUUUUGCCAACUAUUAUCGUAUCACUCGGAUAUAGCAAUGCUGAUGCACAACUCUACACAGUACCACCAUAUGCUUGUGCAGCCGUGUUCAUGAUCAUUACAUCGUUUCUUUCCGACAGGUUUCGUUGCCGUGGUCUAUUUGUCGCCGGUGUGAUGAUGAUCUCGUGCACAGGAUGGAUAAUUCUCUUGGCAGUAGUCGACAAUCAAAAUGUGCGCUACUUUGCGACCCUCCUUCUGGUCAUGGGUAGCUUUGCUGCCGUUCCACUCAUGCUCACGUGGGUCUCAAACAACUCAGCCAACGAGUCCCAGCGUGAUGUUGAGCUGGGAAUGCUCAAUGGGAUCGGUCAGUGCUUUGCCAUACUCGCUGCCUUCAUUUUUCCCUCCACAGAUAGUCCACAUUGGAGUAAAGGUUUCGGACUGAAUUUGGCCUUCAAUGCACUGGCUGUCAUUGUUGCCGUCGCGCUCUACUUGAUUCUUUGCCACGAAAACGCUCGGCGUGACAAGAAGAAAGGCGGUCGUCCUUUUGACAUGAUACUAGUAGACGUUGAUACAUAUAACGAUCUAGCUACUGGUUUCCGCUACGUGGCCUAG